AUGUCGAGCGAGCUGAAGCGCGGCGCGGAGGAUGAUUGUUCCACUUCCCCCAGUCAUCGCCGGAAAAUCGACGAUCCGGACAAGCCAAUUUACCUGGUAGUGGAGCACAAGGCCGCGAAAAACAGGUCCGCGAAGCCUGCGUACUCCAUCCUCACCGUCGGCGCAACAACGCCUAUGGUCCCUCUGCACCUCACCCAACCCGGCAUGUCCUUCGCCGCGGUAUCGUCGCCGCAGGGGUCCUGGAUCGUCGGCGUAGGCGGGGAAGGGCAGGGUCACACCAUAAUCUACGAUGUCGCGACCUCCAAGGAGUUUCACGGCCCCGACCUCAGUACCAACAAGAUGGAUCCCGUCCUGAUACCGUUCCGUGGCCAACUCUACGUGCUCUCGCGCCGCCCCUCCGUCAAGUGGGGGGCGAGGGGCCUCGAGUACCUUCCCUGUGAAGAUCUCGAGCCGCCGCCCGUCUUCCCGUGCCGCAUCAACCCGAUCGAAUACACGAACCCACCGGAGAUCCGCGUCGCCUCCUACGCCACAGUCGGCUCCCACAUCCUGCUCUCCGUGCAGCUGGAGAACGUCGGCAAGGUGAAGAGGAAAUACAAAGGGACAUGCGGUUACGACGUGGACAGGGAUGUGUGGGAGAUGGUGCACGCCAUGAAUCUUCCUUUCCUCGGCCAGGACGUGCCCCUCGGCGGCCACCUCUUUCUUGGCCGGUCCAGAGUCAGGGACGGUGCUGCCGUUGUCUACUCUAUGGAGGUCGGCCAAUCAGCAGCGUCUGGGAAGAGCGAGCUGUCCAUUAGAGAGGUUAACGUGGUGGUGGCGCCCAAGGGCCGCAUUGUUCUUGGGGAUCUUCUCUUCCCUUUGGAAAGGGGCUGGUUCUCCUCUGUUUGCGUUCGAUCUGCUGAUCCCGGCCCGGAGUCCAAGUUAGUAGUAGAUAAUGUACGUGUUGUUCAACGCAAAUACGCUAUGGUGGGGUAUAAUGCUGCUGACAACAAUGUUACAAUUGCGAAGCAGCACCGGCAAGUUUACAAACUGGUUGAUCGAUCUCGUCCUUUGGCUCAUCCUUCCCGGGUGAUUGCUGCUUUUACAGUGUAA